GGAAAACAUAAAAGAGUCUGCUAAGCCUAAGGCUGCUGAAGCCGCUCCACUUUUUAGAUGAACUUUGCUUGUAUUUUAACGCCAAUUGUUCUGUGAUAUAAUAAAGAUGGAGGACAGUGAUGGUGGAUCUCUCGCAGCUCUCUGGCUUGUGGUUGUCGCAAUACUCUGGGGAGGAACUAACCCAUUCUUGAAGAGAGAGGGCGCUGGCAUUGAGUCGGUGAAACAUAAGAAUGCUGUCGUGCAAUUCUUGUUCGAAAUGAAGCAUCUUUUCUUGAACUGGAAGUAUUUAUUGGCGUUCCUGAUCAAUCAAAGUGGAUCCGUCGUCUAUUACCUUACUCUUGCUUCUGCAGACUUAUCGAUGGUCGCCCCGAUUACAAAUUCCCUUACAUUCAUCGUUACAACAUUGACUGGCAAGGUACUGGGAGAGAGGAUCGGUGGAAGAGAAACAUACAUUGGAAUGGGGCUGGUGAUAAGCGGAGUGACAAUAUGCCUGAUGGAUAAGACCUGACACCAUUCUAGUAAUCUAGCUGUACUUUACUAUUCAUUGCCAAGAAGGAUGAAUAUGAUGCUAUUGUGGUCUGUGGCAUGAAAGCUUGACUGGACUUGAGGUUAUAAAUUCAAAUCUCAGAAGGCUCUCUCGCUGAUAUCAACCUCGCAAAGAAGAUUAAAGUUUGCACAAGUGGUAAAGCAUUCUGUAAGCACAGACCCUGAUUGAAACCUUUAUCAACAAGUGGGUCUUCCCACAAGACAUGAGAGAGAUCUUCAAUUCUUCAAGUGCCUCGUACUCAUCUGAAAACUUACAGGGAUAGAGUUUUUUGGUCAGUUACUCCUCGGCUUUGGAAUUCUCUACCAAUCCAACUUCGUGAUGGUAACAACUUUGAGACCUUUAAAUCUGAACUAAACACCCAUCUUUUCCAGCAACUUUGUGAAUAUUGGUAAUGUGUGACAUAUUGGGGAGCUGGUGCCUUUGAAUGUUUUUUUAAUUGAUAAAUGGCACGAAACAAAUGCUGUUCAUCAUCAUCAUCUUUUGUACACAAGCAAAGAUACUUCAAGGUGAAGAUCAGACGGCAAUUUUUUUAAACGCUCGAUAAAUGCUCCUGGGGAAGGACGCCCAACAGCGUUGAGUAAGUAAACCAUCGCACAUCGGCACGCGACUGUGUAUAAAACAUAUGAGGAAAAUGAGAGAGGGGAGUUUGGAGAGGACUCAAGGGCGGCACAUGGGAAUAAUUUCACCUUUUAUUUCCCAGAAACCUCAAAACAUAAUGGUUAGUUUCGGUCAUGUUCGCUCAUUUGAUUAUUAAUAUUUAUAAAGAUAUACCUGGAUUUCUGCAAUAUUACGCUCAUAAAAACCACUGUUCCCUGUGUUGAAGCUGUGUGUGUGGACUUUCGGACACUCAAAUGCACGCGACUAACCAUUAUGAUAUAUUCAUCUUUACUUUAAGAAAAAAAAAUUGAAUAAAAAAAUUCAAAAAUGCAAAUAUCGUCUAUUCCUUCACCCCUUCAUCAUUUCUCUCAUAUGUUUUGUACACAACCAUAUCGCGAUACGCAAAGGUAAAAAAAGGUCGUUGCUUACUCAACGCUGUGGGGCGCUCUUCCUGAGCGUUUCAUUAUGCAGUCUGUGUACUGUCCGAUCUUCCCCUUGUGGUUAGUAUCUUUGACCCUAGUUAAUGGCAGGGACUUUGGGAUUCAGACCACUUUCCUUGAAUGAAGGGUUUGCACAGCAGACUCACAAGCAUCAUCAACCUUGUGCAUUAAAACUCAUGGUUUUAAUCCAAUGCAGAUGGGCAACCGAAGCGAGCAUUUCAUUUAAAAAAAUUGUUUUGCUUCAUAAUGGCUGUACAACUUCAUAAUCUAUUUCUCUUUGAUCAUAUAACAGGGGGUGUGUUCAUCACCACUAAUCAAUAAAACAAUACUUAUUGAUGAGGAUUAAAAUCAAAAGCUGAA